GGUAGAUGCACAUGCCCAGCUUUCACUCUCACAUCAGGACGUCCCAAGGGCAUCGAAGCGAGCAGACGAGAUGACUCACCAUUGCACCAAGUUCUCUGGCCAUUGGAAGAUCAUCGUGUACGACGAGGAGUGCUUCCAGGGCCGUCACCAUGAGUUCACCUCAGAGUGCUGCAAUGUCAUGGAGUUCGGUUUCGAGUCCGUGCGCUCAUUGAGAGUGGAGAGCGGAGCGUGGGUGGGCUACGAGCACGGCUCUUACCAGGGUCAGCAGUUUGUGCUGGAGCGUGGAGAGUACCCUCAGUGCGAUGCCUUCGGGGGAAGCAAUGCUUACCACAUCGAGAGAAUGACCUCCUUUAGACCCAUUUCCUGUGCUAACCACAGGGAGUGCAGAAUGACUAUCUAUGAGAUGGAGAACUUCCUGGGCCGCAAGGGAGAGCUCAGUGACGAUUACCCUUCUCUUCAGGCCAUGGGAUGGUGCAACAACGAAGUGGGUUCUCUGCGUGUUCAGUCCGGAGCGUUUGUGUGCUACCAGUUCCCUGGUUAUCGUGGAUACCAGUAUAUCAUGGAGUGCGACCGCCACUGUGGGGAGUACAAACACUUCAAGGAGUUCGGCUCCCAUUCCCAGACCCCUCAGAUCCAGUCCAUCCGCCGUAUCCAGCAGUAACGGAUUUCUCCUUGACCCAAAAACUCUCAUGCCCCUUUCUGCCCGAUGCUAAAUAAACUGUCUUUCUUAAACCUCA